UUAUCCAACUGUAAAGCAAACCCACAUUGGAUGCUCAAAGACAAAGAAGAAAAUUGAAACAACGAAAAUGAGAAUCCCCAAAUAUCGGUAUCUUCUUCAACCUUUUGUUCAUCACUUUUGAAGCCAAACUACAAACCCUGCAGAAGCAGAACCCACCUCACCAACACCAACCAUGCCUGCAAGACCAUUCCCUCCUUCAAGUCCUGACCUUCCAAGUUUUAGGCCACCCAAUUUCUUGACAAAAACCAGGGUCUUGUUCUUGGCCCUCACAAUCUCAGCUUCUUUGGUGAUACUUUCAUCAAUCAUCUAUUUUCUUUACCACCUUUGGCAAUCACUUGUGAACAGGGCUAAGACCAUUCCAUUUGAUUCCAGUGCACCUCUCAAGCUUGAAAGAUUUUCGUGCAAAGAGCUCAAGAAUGCCACCAAUGACUUUGAUGGUGCCAAUGUUAUUGGCAAAGGUGGCUCUGGCACUGUCUUUAGAGGCAUACUCAAGUGUGGUAAGUUGAUUGCCAUUAAGAGGUUGGAUGCUUUGAAUUUGCAGUCAGAGAGAGAGUUCCAGAAUGAGUUGCAGAUUCUUGGUGGGUUGAGAUCACCAUUCUUGGUGACCCUUUUGGGUUAUUGUGUGGAAAAAAAUUGUAGGAUUCUGGUUUAUGAGUAUAUGCCCAAUAGGAGUCUCCAAGAAUCACUUUUUGGGGAUGGCCUUUUGACUUUGGGUUGGGAGAGGAGGUUUGAGAUCAUUUCAGAUGUAGCCAGAGCACUUGAGUUCUUGCAUUUGGGAUGUGAUCCUCCAGUUAUUCAUGGUGAUAUUAAGCCUAGCAACAUUUUGCUUGAUUUCGAUUACCGGGCAAAGAUUUCGGAUUUCGGUUUGUCAAGGAUCAAGGUGGAGGGUGAAUUUGGGGUUGAUAUGUUUAGCCAGGAUUUGGGUAAGAGUCAGGAGCUGUGGAAGAGCCAGGAGCUGUCUGGGAACUUGGCUGCGGACACUCCGGCGAUUGGGACCCCUGUGGAGAGUGCUAGUGAGGUAGAUUUUGCUCUUGCUUUGCAAGCUUCUUCCUCAUCGAAAAAUAGUAGAAAAUGUUGUGAUGUUAAAGCUUUGAACUUGAAUUCUAUGAACUAUAAUGCCAACAUUGCUUUUGAGAGUGAUAUGAAGAGUUGUCAUGGUAAGGGGAAAGAGGUUUCAACUGUAGAUUUAGGUGGGGAUGAUUGGAAUAAUAGGUUUGUGCCUUUUGAUGAUGAGCUUAGUAGCAUUGACCAUAGUAAGGAGUUGAAUUUUGUUGCUGGUUCUGGUGUUGAUGAUGCAGAGGAUACAAAACAGUGGGGGAAGGAUUGGUGGUGGAAGCAGGAUGGAAGUGGUGAAUUGUGUAGUAAAGAUUAUGUUACAGAAUGGAUAGGGAGUCAGAUUUGCCCAUCUACGAAUCCCGACUGGGAUGACGAAAAGAAGAGCAUUCAUGAGAAACGUGGGUUAGAUGUAUCAACUCCAGUUGAUAAAUUAGAAAAUGCAAAUGAACCCCAGUUGCAAGAAUUUGGGUUUGGAAAUCCCAAUAAGGGGUUUGAGAAGAAAGAAUCGAAGAGCAGGAAAAAUCACAAAAGGAAACCCAGGAAGAUGCAAGAGUGGUGGAAAGAAGAGCACCUUGCUGAGAUUAGCAAGAAGGGUAAUAAGCUGAAAAAUCUCGAAACAAAGUGGAAGAAAGGCUUCAAAAUGCCGCGUUUUGGCAGAUGGAUGUACCUUCAUAGACGAAAGAACUUUAGGGAGCAGAGUCAGGAUAAAUGUGAUCAAAAUGGGGAGUUCAGUUUCAGAAGGGGAUGGAAGAAAAAGACUGCACAUUCUGUUGGAAGUGACGUCUAUAGUGGCGAUCUAUUUAGCCGUGAGCUCAGCAGCACAACAAGCAUGAGAGGGACUUUGUGCUAUGUUGCGCCAGAAUAUGGUGGGUGUGGAUACUUAAUGGAGAAGGCUGACAUUUACAGUCUAGGUGUUCUAAUCCUUGUGGUUGUGUCUGGUAGAAGACCAUUACAUGUUCUUGCAUCACCCAUGAAGCUAGAAAAGGCAAAUUUAAUAAGCUGGUGUCGGCAGUUAGCUCACGCUGGAAACAUCCUUGAACUUGUAGAUGAGAGAUUGAAGGAUGAGUACAAUAAAGACCAGGCAAGUUUGUGUAUAAAUUUGGCUCUCUCUUGCUUACAAAAGAUGCCAGAGUUACGACCGGAAAUUGGGGAGAUUGUUAAGAUCUUGAAAGGGGAGAUGGAUCUCCCACCACUCCCGUUCGAGUUCUCUCCCUCCCCGCCUUCAAAGUUAUACAGCAGGUCAAGGAGAAAACAGACUGCCACUACAGAGUAGGGACUAUAACAUAUUCUUCAUUUCAAGUUUCUUUUAUCAUUCCCCACUGGGGUUAUGGUGAGUGUAAUAUAGAAGCAAUGAUUCGAAAUCGUUAUUUGAAAACAAAUUUAUGGCCUGCAUGUUGUGUGUACCAUGAGGUUGUUGUGUGUAUAUUAGCAAUUAGGUAGAUGAUUCUGCUCUAUUUUUCAUUGCUGGGUUAAUGUUCAAGUCCUAUUGACACUCCCUUUGUUGUUUUUUCAAUCAUAAUCAGACCAAAGUUUCCUUAAA